AAGAUGAUCGGCGAACAGGACAUGUUCUGCGACCUGGACACAGAUGAAUGGCAGGGCCAACCGCCCUCCUGUCGACCAGCUGACGAUGCCAGGGCGUCUGAGGAGUCCGGCGACCACCAGCAGCAGAGGAAGAAGCUCCGUGGCAACAUCCAAGAGGAGACGGCGAUCGGUGAUGAUUUAGCGAGUACGCUCGACCUCUCGUGCAUGGGAGGUCAGGGCGCCGUGAAGCCGCCGAACAUUGAGAAUGCCUACGUUGUCAAGUUCAACAGACGAAGGAAGGGCGACCACGUCUUCCUGGUGGCCUUUUACGAGUGCGAAGACUACCAUGAGCUGAAGAAUCCUCACGUGGACAGACUGUACUGCAGUCAGCAAGCGUGGGUAGGCGACCGGCCGGAGUGUCAAUACGUGGAGGACGGUGAAGAGGAAGAAGACUACGAUGAUGCGAGGUAUGAUGAUGAAAUUAGCCAGGAAAUUGAUGCUCACGAAGCCACUCAUGCUGAGGGAAAUGGAGCAGAAGAGGAAGAAGAGGAGUAUGAGUAUGAGAACGGGAGUCAGGAACUUCCUGAGUCAACUCCGGCAGUCACUGAAGAACCCACUCAAGCCCCAACUUCGGCUACUCCAACCACAGUUCAUCCCACUGUGGAACCCACGACUCCUUUCGAUCCCAACUGUGGCCCGGGUCAUGGCGGAUGCGAUCACGAGUGCCGACGCGUGCAACUGGACGAUCAGGAGAGUCACGUGGAGUGCUCCUGCUUCCCUGGCUAUGAGCUCAACGUCCGCGACGGGCGCAGCUGUAACGAUAUCAACGAGUGUGCCAUCAGGAAUGGCGGCUGUGAGCAACAGUGCCGAAAUCUGGACGGAUCUUAUGAGUGCUUCUGCGAAGAAGGCCUCCAGAUUGAUCCCUCUAAUGGACGAUCUUGCAUUGACAUUAACGAAUGUUUGGAUAUCGAGAUUGCCGGUCAGUGUCUUCAUGGAUGUGAAAAUCUACAUGGAUCCUUUAAAUGUCUGGAACCACCGACAACAACGACAACCGAAGGUCCUGUUGCCGUCGUUCCAUCAACUGAUGACCAUCAGGAAGAGGCCGAAGAAGAAGAGGAUCAUCUGAGAGGAGAUCACAGAAGGGAGGAAGAUGAAUACGAACCGCCAGAAGGCGAAGACGUGUAUGGCGAAUAUGAAGAGGAGAGCAAUGAAGUGGAGGAAAAUCCCUGUCCAGAAGGAUUCUACAGAGACUCAAAUGGUGAGUGCAGGGAUAUCAACGAAUGUGAUGAUCCAAACCAAGGCGGUCGGUGUCUUUACGGUUGUGUAAACAUCGAAGGAAGUUAUUACUGUGCAGAAAUACCAUUAAGCACAACUGAAUCUGCUUCGGUUCCGGAAGUUUCUGAAGUGACACUUGAAGAAACCAUUCCUGAGGCCUCUUCGCCCAGCCUAGAUCCUUGUGGUGAUGGAUUCAGAAGGAAUUCAGAUGGAUAUUGCGAGGAUAUCGAUGAGUGCCAGGAAAUUACAACAGGAUGUGAUUAUUGCAGAAAUGUCCAUGGCGGAUUUGAGUGCUACUGUCCGCCUGGAUAUGCAAUUCGUGAGGACGAGAAGACUUGUGAGGAUAUCAAUGAAUGUGAAAUUUACGGACCUUGCGCACAUUCUUGCGAAAACACUCCUGGAUCCUAUGUUUGCCAAUGCCCAGAAGAUCACCACUUAGACUACGACAGGAGAACUUGUGUUCGGGAUUCUUGCGCUGAUCUCGCAGAAUCCUCCAAGACUCCUUGCUCUCACAGUUGUCUCGACAAUGGAGAUGGACAUUUUGCAUGCCAGUGUCCAGCAGGAUUUUCGCUCGGCAGCGAUCAAAAGACAUGCGUUGAACGUGUCGAUCCCUGCUUUGGACUCUCAGUUUGCCAUCCUGGAACUUGCUUCCCAGUUGAGGAUUACUCAGGAAGUCACUCCUAUCGCUGUGACUGUCCGGCUGGUUACACUGAAAAGCAUCAGCAAUGUUUGGAUAUUGAUGAGUGCGCCACCGGAAGUCAUUCCUGCUCACACGAAUGCAGAAACAAAGAGGGAGGAUUUGAGUGUAUCUGUCCUGCAGGCUAUGAGCUAGCCGAGGAUCAGGCGACGUGCUUGGAUGAGGACGAAUGCUCAUCUGGCGCUCAUCCAUGCGGAUACUUAAAUUGUGUCAAUACUCUUGGAAGCUACAAAUGCACCUGUCCGGAAGGUCAAGAGCUGCACUCUGAUGGCAUUACCUGCACAUCUGUAGAUAGGUGUGCUUUAGAUAACGGUGGAUGUUCUCAUCAAUGCAACUCUCACUCCGGAGUCGUGUUCUGCUCAUGUCCUGGCGGUUAUGAACUGGGAAGUGAUGGGAAAUCUUGUCAGGAUGUGGAUGAGUGCGCGCAAGAGACUAGGGGAGGAUGUGACAUCACAAAUGGAGCCUGUGUGAAUAUGCCAGGAUCUUACAGCUGCCUUUGCCAGCCAGGUUUUCAACUUGACGCUGACAAUCACACCUGCAAAUCACUGAAUCCCUGCGAAAUCGCUGGAUGCACGCAAUUCUGUGAUGUCAGCAAAGACGGAGAGGUUUACUGUUCCUGCCGGAUGGGCUUCAAGUUGGAUAAAGAUAGAAAAUCUUGCCUGGAGAUCAGAGAUUUGUGUCCGCCCAUUAGAGCUCCCCAGUUCGGUGAAAUGCGCUGUUCCAGAUCUCGUCAUCCGACGCAACUUUUCUACAAAACCCGAUGCUCUAUGUGGUGUCAGAAGGGAUACAAACUCGAUGGAGCUUCCAUUCGUUCCUGUAACGGAUCAGGAUCGUGGGACUUUGAGGAACCUACCUGUAUUCCGCACUCCUGUCCGAGACUCGCUAGACCACAAUUUGGAACCAUCUUCCCAACGUCUUGCAUGCUUAAUGGAUCCGCAGCUGGCACCAGAUGUCUUCUGCACUGCUUCCCUGGCUUUAAGCCAGCCGGAAAGCGAUCAGCGCUUUGCGAUGCCCAGCAGAAUUGGGCACCAAGUCAUGAACUUACCUGCGUUUCCGCUUUGGAGGCCGAAAAUAGAGUGGAGAUUGUCAGACCGUUUAUCCGAUGUCCGGAAGACAUCACUGUAAUCGCUCCCAGAGGACAAACUGCCUUCAAUAUCCGUCUGCAGAGGCCUCAAACAAAUGUCGACUGGUGGAAAUACGUUGAUACUCAUCCCGAAUGGGCGAAACAUCUCGAGGGAACAGUUCCGCUUGGAGUGACUGAGAUUACAUUCAGAGCGCGCAGUCCCAAUGCAAAUCUCAAUGAAAUCUGCCGAAUGAAGGUGACUGUGAAGGAACAAGAGCCUCCAGAAGUGACUUUCUGUCCGGAAAGCUUCGUGGUGCAGCUGGAUGAUGGUGAGACCUCGAAGGCGGUGUUCUGGAAAGAGCCAGUCUUCACUUCCCAUAGUCAUUUGAAGCAAAUUUACAAGUCUCGACAGCCCGGAGAGAGAUUUGCCCCAGGAGUUCACUUUGUUAGUUACGUUGCGACCGACUUUGAGGGUCUUAGUUCGAAAUGCAGCUUCAGGAUCAUGAUUAAAGAGCCAGUUUCAGAGGCCCCAAAAGCCGUUCAGUUUAUUCCAGCGCAGAAACCGUCGAAGCUCUUGGACAAUCAUGAGUCUUUCCUGGUGUGUCCGGGAAAGGCCGCGGUGAGAAUUGAUACGAACUACCCUCUGCACUUGCCGCCCGGCUGCUAUGUGAAGAACAUCCUCAUCCACUACAAUGUAAUCCGGAGGCCUCAGGAGCAGCAGCAGCAUCAGCAGCAGGCGACCCAUCAGAGGCCCUUCGCCCAGGGCCAGUUCCCGCUGUGGCCCCAUCAAAACGCAAGUCCUCUGCGGCACUACCAUCGCUGGGGCUUCCCGCGCUUCGAGCGGGGCAGAUGGGUGUGA